CCUCCAGCAGUCAUUCUUUUUUUUCAUAGGGAUGCUGUCCGAUAAGGUUUCCAGCUGCUGAACCAGCUAUCUGCUUACAUUUGCUUGAAACGUUUUAUUAGUUAUAAUUUAUCAGUGAUUUUAAUAUGAAAUAAAGCGUGCAUUUAUAUGUUGUGCCGUGUGAAGCACCUAGCAGCCACAGAUUACCAAAAUGUUGGCCCGCAAAGGCCUUUUACCAGACGGAUAUCUGUUGACGCGACUUGCUGAAGAUGCCACCCAAUCCAGUCGCAUCCGGCCAAAGUCACAGCGGGCACGUUUCAUCACCAAGAGUGGGUCAUGUAAUGUUGCCCACAAAAAUAUACGAGAACAGGGCCGAUUUCUCCAGGAUGUUUUCACAACUAUGGUGGACCUGAAAUGGCAACAUUCCCUUCUCAUCUUCACUUCAGCAUUCCUCUGCUCCUGGAUGCUCUUCGCAAUGGUGUGGUGGCUCAUGGCGUUCGCUCACGGUGACUUGGAACCUCGAGAUCCCAAUGAGCCUGGACCCGUGCCCUGUGUGACCUCCAUUCACUCCUUUACUUCUGCUUUUCUCUUUUCUAUUGAAGUGCAGGUGACUAUUGGGUUUGGGGGACGAAUGGUGACUGAGGAAUGCCCGUUUGCCAUCAUCGUCCUCAUCAUCCAGAACAUUCUGGGCCUGAUCAUCAAUGCUAUCAUGCUGGGCUGUGUGUUCAUGAAAACAGCUCAAGCCAACCGGCGAGCAGAGACCCUCAUCUUCUCCCGUAACGCUGUAAUCGCACCACGCAACGGCAGGCCCACGUUAAUGUUCCGUGUCGGGGAUUUGAGGAAAAGUAUGAUCAUCACAGCCACCAUACAGCUGCAGGUAAUUCGACGGACGGUGACGGCAGAAGGCGAGGUGAUUCCAGUCUGUCAGCUGGACAUUCAUGUGGAGAACCCUCUAAGGAGCAACGGCAUAUUCCUUGUCUCUCCGCUUAUAAUCAGCCACACUAUUGAUAGAGGAAGCCCGCUGUAUGAAGUCUCGGCGCAGUCGCUCGCAUCCGAAGAUCUGGAGAUCGUUGUCAUUUUGGAAGGUGUCGUGGAGACCACAGGUAUCACCAUGCAGGCACGCACAUCCUACACGCCCGAGGAGAUCCUGUGGGGUCGACGUUUCGUCUCCAUUAUGACCGAAGAAGACGGGCGUUACUCCGUCGACUACUCCAAAUUUGGGAACACCGUCCCUGUACGGAUGCCAGCUCUCAGCGCCAAAGAGCUGGACCAGACCAGGGGCAUCCAGGACAGCGGACCCCAUGAGGGCAAACCUCAGGGAUGGGGGCUGGUGAGGGCGGGCCGAGGCGGGUACCGGAGGGGCGGUGGCAGGGCCUGCGACGAUACGGCAGCUAAACCGUGGUACGUCACGGCUGAGAGGGAGGAGGACAAGGAGAAAAAGGGACAGAAGAAAACAUUUAAACUUGAGGAGAUUGGCAGAGAGAUUGAAGAGGAGACGGUGGAAGAAAUGAGUGAUUAGGGAAAAAUUUUGGUAGAUUCUUGAAACCUAGAAAUAGAAAUGACUGAAUAGAAAUUAGAAGUGACUGGUUCACGUAAUAGUCAAACAUAUGACCAGCAUCAAUACUUAAAACAUGGGCAACUACUGUAAUAUUUAUGACAAACCAGACAAUUUUGUCCUAUUUUGCAAGUAUCAUCCAAAUGUGAAUCUGUAAGAAUUUAUUCAUUGUCAUGUCAAAUUUUUCUUUCUUUUGUGGAACUCAAAAUAAGACAUUUUAUGGCCGUGUUUUUUUUUGUGGCACCGAAUUUAAAUUUAUCAUUAAGCAGAUGCUUUUAUCAAAAGCGACUUAUAAUGUUACAUUGUGUCUAAAUGGGGACCAACUUUUCAAGAGCACAAUAAAAUGAGAAUAAAUGUGGACUAUACAACUAGGUCUAAAUGUGAGUAAAUUAUGACCGAUUUUUCAUUUUUGGGAGAACUGUUGCUUUAAUGAAUUUCAGUGUUUUAACAGAACACUCUUUUUCAGUUUUUUUUGGCAAUGACAGUUAAAUGUUCGCUUUCCGUUGAAACAAAUAUGCGGCAGCUUUAUUAGUGUGUUUUGGUUUAAUAACACUAAACUAUUCUAUUUCUGUCAAAAGCUAUAGUCCAUUUGUUUGAAAUGUGUCUAUUGUAACUACGUGUUAACAUAGUGUGUGUUUACAUUUCAUUGUGGGCUUGUGCAAUCGUGUAUCAUUUUCCCUUUCACAUCUCCUGUUUGUGGUCUCUCUUCGAAAUCUAUAUUGUCAACUUUUUAAAGACAAUGAGGCAGUCCAUGUUGUUGUAACUUUUUACACAUCAGUGUAAUUAUUUAUUUGUGUUUUAAGUGCACAAUAAAGUACUUGA